GAUGUUUACUAUUUUGUUGACGCUCUUAUUAAGAAAUUAAAUUUGGGAAUGAUUUUCGUUCUACUUCAGGAAGAAUCGCGUCAUGCCCAGACUAUGCAAGACCUCCGUCAACGUCGCGAUAUUUGUCUUUCACAGGCAGUAACGGCACUCAUUUGUGGAUUUGAAGCUAAAAUUUACACAUCACUAUUUGACGCAAGUUUCAUGAAACAACUUUGUGAGAUUGGUGUUCUUGCUGAAUUUGAAUGUCUUCUGAGUACUUACGGUGAUGAAAUGGGAAUGUUAGAAGACAUGUCCAUUGCAAUACGCGAUCUUUCAUGUGUCAAAUUUAAGUUCGCUUGCUCUGAUAACGAAACGAUUCCCUACGUCACUGGAACAAGGGCUAAUAUUCAUGUUACCAUACUCCUCGAAACAGAAUAUUUCUGUUAUUUACCCAAAGAAUUGCAAGAAGGAAAAUUAAUACAAGUUUCUCCAGUUAUUUUCACUCAAGGGAUCAACGAACAUGCGACUUUAGCUGAAAGGUUUGGAGACACCUCACUUCAAGAAGCAAUCAACGAUGAACAUUUCAGUUACAUACAUUAUACUACGAAAAAUUCCGAGAACAUUUCCCUGAAGAUCUGGAAUAUGAGCAAAAUUGAACGAGCAAUGUUUACCCUAGCUUUGUGA